UCUUGCGUGCAUUAAGUGUGAAAUGAGAUGCAUCGGGUUUAUUUUGUUACAUUUUAUCACUAUUAUUAUUUUGCAUGAACGUUGCACCGUUUUUCACAUCGCACGUGCAACAAAAAGCGCAGGAAACGUACUUUCGCGAGCGACCGCGUUGCAAUAGACGCGACAGGUCGCGUGGCGUCGUGGCGCGCGGCUCCUUUAAGAGGCGCUUCCAUCGUGACCCCUCUCUCUCUCUCUCUCUCUCUCUCUCUCUCUCUCUCUACGUGGAAUGUCGGUGACGUUUCGCCCCAUAUUCCGUCGGCGAUGCUGUGCGCGAGGGCGGAACAACUCACGAGCGCACCGUGGACACGGACACACACGCACAUAAAUCACGAGAUCUGAUUUGUUCGGGACGUUUUUUCAGGACGCAGGCAGCGUCCACGUCAACACCGGCUUCACGUCUCGGUGAUUUCGACGCGCGCGAAUUGAUCCGAUCGCGUGUAUUUUUUUUUUCUUCUUCUCCGUGACGCUCAUUACGGCGUGUCACGUUCACGUUCUGCGCGCGCGGGUGCGUGCGUGCGUGUGUUUUUCACGCUGAAACACACGUCGAUGCGUGCCACCGCGUCGAAGCGAUCGAGACGUGCUGAGGCCACGCCCACUCCCACAGUGGGCUAUAAAGAUGGAGCAGCGACUUGAUAUGGAGAUGAUGACCCCGCUGAUGGACGAGGCGGGACGGGAAGAGAACUCGGAUGAGGAGAGCGACGGGGAGCAACAGGCGCAAGGCAUCACUUUUGCCCAGACGUUACUUCAUUUGUUGAAAGGGAACAUUGGCACGGGGCUGCUCGGAUUGCCGCUGGCGCUGAGGAACGCCGGGAUACUGUUGGGUCCAGUGUGUUUGGUGUUGAUGGGAAUUGUGUGUGUUCACUGCAUGCACAUCCUGGUGAACUGCAGCCACCAGCUGAGCGAGAGGUUAAAGAAGUCACCUCUUAGCUAUAGUGAAACGGUGGCCGUUGCUAUGGAGACGAGCUCCUCCCACUUACUGAGGAAAGGCGCCGGGUUUGGCAGAAUGUUGGUGAACUUUUUCCUGGUUAUGACCCAGCUGGGUUUCUGCAGCGUGUACUUUGUGUUCUUGGCGGAGAACAUCAAACAGGUGGUAGAGGGACACUACAUUAACUCCUCGUCCUCAUCGGAAGCAGUCUUGGCCUUUUCCUCCAACAGCUCCGAAGUGGGCGGAGUCCCUGUCGUCUCCACAGCGACGGGAUUGGACCAGCGAGUGUACAUGCUCCUCCUCCUUCCCUUCCUCAUCCUUUUGACCUUCAUCAGGGACCUUAGCAACAUGGCACCUCUGUGUGCCGCAGCCAACCUCGCCAUGGCGGCCAGCCUCACGCUCAUCUUCAGCUACAUUCUCACUGACGUCGGUGACCCCAGGCGGCUUCCAUACGUCUCCACGUGGAAAAAGUUCCCUUUCUUUUUCGGAACCGCCAUUUUUGCCUUCGAAGGGAUCGGCGUGGUUCUUCCUGUAGAAAACCAGAUGCGUGAGCCGAAGCGCUUCCCCUUUGCUCUUGACUUCUCCAUGAGCAUCGUCAUUGUCCUCUACGUAACCUUGGCGACGCUUGGCUACCUCUGCUUCGGUGAGGACAUCAAAGGAAGCAUCACCCUCAAUCUUCCACAUGACACGUGGUCUAAUCUCCUGGUGAAGGUGCUCUACUCGUUCGGGGUGUUUGUGACGUUUGCUGUUCAGUUCUUCGUCGCGGCAGAGAUCGUGGUACCUGCUGUGUGUAAGCGUGCUUCAGAACGAUGGAGACUACACACUGACCUAUGCACACGUGCACUGCUGACCUGCAUUACCUGUGCAGUGGCUGUUCUUAUCCCCCGCUUGGAUCUGGUGAUCUCAUUGGUCGGUGCAGUGAGUAGCUCCGCCCUGGCGCUAGUCUUCCCACCCCUGGUAGAACUGAUCGCUUGUUCCACUCGUCCCUCCGCAUUCCUCUUCCUCAAGGACCUGUCUAUCGCUCUGAUCGGAUUCCUCGGCUUCGUCACCGGAACUUACGUCACGUUAGGCGAGAUUUUUUACCCGUCUCCGUGACGACCAGGACUAAGCCACACCCACUGCCAUAUAAAGUGAUAAUGCACUCCGAAUACUAUUUUUUAGAAAUGACUUUUUUUCAUUCCAGAUGUACACUGCCAUCAUCUCACCAUUGGUGUGUGUGUGUGUGGGAGGGGCUCCAUGUGAAAAUAAGACUAUUGAAAUGCCCAGCGUGGUGUGUUACAUUCCUCCUGCUCUGUGUGCGAGUGCGCGAGUGUGUUUAUACACUGUUCUAUACACUGUAUUGUUAUAUACCCUUUUGAUUAGACGGAUUUAUUAUUAAUAAAUUAAUUGCU